CCUAGUUCCAAGGUCAAGGUCACACUUAGAGGUCAAAGAUUAACAUGGUCUCUUUCAUGUCAAGUUCAUAACUCAGCUAUUCAUAAUGCGAUUUGUAAAUUACUUUUCAUACGGAGACAAUGUACGUGUCACGCACAGGACCAGAUCCCUAGCUUUAUAGUCAAGUCACACUUGGUGGUUCAGAUUUAGAGCAUCAGUUUGAAAUCCGGUUUAUAACUGUACCAUUCAUCAAUUUCAAAAUCACUUUCAAACUGUUUUCUACGAUUCACAGCAGUACAGUGAGAAAAUAUUAAAAAUAAUGUAUGACAGGUGUUUACUAAUUAACAGUCAAGAAACUAAGAUCGUCUUUGGCAGCGAUACAUCUUUUACGGUGGGCAGUUACCUAAUAUAACAAAUGUUCCUGGGUUCCAUACCCCACUGACCAAUUCUCUGGGAAUUCCUAAGAAUUGCCAUCUGGACACAAAAGUUGAGAAAGAAAUGAUUUCAAGGAUAUUUCCAUCUGACAAAAUAUUACGCAGCUAAUUGGAUCGAAGUGAAUCAAAUCGACACAAAAUGGGUUCAUCAGGCGUGUUUAAAUAAACAUGUUCAAGUUGUAAGAUUGUCCUUUAAUACCUGAAAGAAAAACAAAACAUAUUGAUUUUCCAUAACAGUGGAUAAGUUUGGUAUUACUAGAUCUAAAUGCCGAUUUAAUUAUCUAUAACAUGACUUGACAUAUUGUGAUAUAACCUUUCUAAAACAACAUACGUUAGCUCGAUCGAUAACGACGGUGUCACGUUUAAACAUUAACAUAAAGCAGGAAGUUUAAGUCGGUUUGAUUUAUCAACCCUGUUAAUGUAAGUGUGAUAUACAUGCACAUGCAUAGCAUUUUUACUGCUAUCAAUGGAUAUUGAGAAGUUUCCAGAGGUAACAGAACUGAACGUUGGCGGCAAGUUACUGACAACACUGCUUAGUACGUUGAGGAAAGAAGAAAACAGUAUGUUGGCCGCCAUGUUUAGCGGAGGCCAUCAGAUUGCAAGGGACAAAGAUGGGCGAUAUUUUAUCGACUAUGACGGCGAUGUCUUUGUAAACAUUUUGAAUUAUCUGCGACAUGGCUCAAUUCCACCAAAAGAAAAGGCGUUAGAAGUUUACGAGUGUGCAGCGUACUUUGGUGUAGAUUCUCUGGUUACAAUUUUACAGACGUAUCAGCAUGUACUCUACAAGAAAAAGAUCACAGAGAUGAAAGAGAAACUAGAUAGAGAACAAUUCGGAAAACUUAAACAGUACGCCAUAACAAUAUUAAAUGAAAACUUUAACCCUUCAGAAGACAAAUAUUUUGCAUAUGUCUCUACACCAUGUCAGAACAACAGGGUGAUGGUGAGAGAAAAUGAAUGGAAGAAGUUUAUGCAUGAUAGUGGUAGUGCUUUAAUAUCUGGUGCAAGCAUAAACAUCAAAAGCGUAUUGUUGUAUAAAGAUGAAUUAGAAGAAGCAUGUAUGAGAUGUCUGGCACACGACCUUUGCGAACAAGGAUUUGGAACGUUUUGUUAUUAUAACACUUCUCUUUCAUUGCAGUGCAAUACGUGUCAUCCAAGAAAGACCAUCAGAUGUAAAGCAAUAACACUACGGAAUAAAGUAUGGAAAGACCAUGAUUAUAACUGGAAAAUGUUAUAAUAUUUCAUAUCGAUCCUCGCUGAGGGUGGAGCCAGUCGUUUAGACCGUGAAACUAUGUAAAUAAAAUGACAUUUCUUUUUAACGUUUUACAACAUUAUAUUUAAAGUACAUUAAAAUGAUAUUUAAUGUUGGUGGUUAUAGUUACUUCAGAAUAAAAAUAAGUAGAUUUACUUGUUAUUAUUCUAAAAUAACUAUAACCACCAAAGACAUAAACGCAAUAAUUGCCGAGAAAUAGAACUACAUCAAAUUUACUUGGCAAUGCACAGUCCCGCAGUUGUUGUUGCGAAUAGAGAAAUUUAGAAAGAUCGGAGAACAAAUGAAUGUAUAACAUAGCUCUGUUUGACAGUAAAGCAUAGGAUGAAGGCACCCGUUGUACAUUGUGUGAUCAUAAUAAUCAUUGGGUUCCAUCCGGACCGGAAUGAUAUCUCGUUAUUUUUCUACUACCACAUAAAUUAAGUUUAGCUCAUUACUAUUACAUUUUUACUCUCAGAUGAAUAAAUUUCGGUUUAUAUCUACCACCAUAAAAUAUUGUAAAUAAACAAUGUUAAAUAAUG